AUGGUCUUGACCACUCGCUUCCUCUCGAAGGCGGCCUUAACCAUCCGCUCCUUCACAAGACCACAUGCUUUGGAGGUUAACUCAUCAAGCACUCGCUUUUUAGGUACAAACACUCUUUCAAGGUUUGGCAAUGGGAUAAACCAUGCUCCUCGUUUACCUCAUUCGAGUAAUGUUGGUUACGGUUUGAACUUUGGGAUAUUACCGAAAGGAGAACCCACUCCACCAUCUGCCUCUGGAAAACGUAUAAAUACGCCACCACCACUGCAUCAAGUUGGUCACGGUUUGAACUUUGGGAUAUUACCGAAGGGAGAGCCAACUCCACCAUCUGCCCUCGGAAAACGUAUAAAUACGCCACCACCACCGCGUCAAGUUGGUCACAGUUUGAACUUUGGGAUAUUACCGAAGGGAGAGCCCACUCCACCAUCUGCCCCCGAAAAACGUAUAAAUACACCACCACCACCGCGUCAAGUUGGUCACGGUUUGAACUUUGGGAUAUUACCGAAGGGAGAGCCCACUCCACCAUCUGCCCUCGGAAAACGUAUAAAUAUGCCACCACCACCGCGUCAAGGAGAGCCCACUCCACCAUCUUCCCCCGGAAAACGUAUAAAUACGCCACCACCACCGCUUCAAAUUGGUCACGGUUUGAACUUUGGGAUGUUACCGAAGGGAGAGCCCACUCCACCAUCUGCCCCUGGAAAACGUAAAAAUACGCCACCACCACCGCGUCAAGUUGGUCACGGUUUGAACUUUGGGAUAUUACUGAAGGGAGAGCCCAUUCCACCAUCUGACCCUAGAAAACGUAUAAAUAUGCCACCACCACCGCGUCAAGGAGAGCCCACUCCACCAUCUGCCCCUAGAAAACGUAUAAAUACGCCACUACCACCGCGUCAAGUUGGUCAGGGUUUGAACUUUGGGAUAUUACCAAAGGGAGAGCCCACUCCACCAUCUGCCCCUAGAAAACGUAUAAAUACGGCACCACCACCGCUUCAAGUUGGUCACGGUUUGAACUUUGGGAUAUUACCGAAGGGAGAGCCCACUCCACCAUCUACCCCUGGAAAAUGUAUAAAUACGCCACCACCACCGCUUCAAGUUGGUCACGGUUUGAACUUUGGAAUAUUACCGAAGGGAGAGCCCACUCCACCAUCUGCUCCUGGAAAACGUACAAAUACGCCACCACCAUCGUGUCAAGUUGGUCACGGUUUGAACUUUGAGAUAUUACCGAAGGGAGAGCCCACUCCACCAUGUGCCCUCGGAAAACGUAUAAAUACGCCACCACCACCGCGUGAAGUUAGUCACGAUUUGAACUUUGGGAUAUUACUGAAGGCAGAGCCCACUCCACCAUCUGCCCCCGAAAAACGUAUAAAUACGCCACCACCACCGCAUCAAGUUGGUCACGGUUUGAACUUUGGGAUAUUAUCGAAGGGAGAGCCCACUCCACCAUCUGCCCUCGAAAAACGUAUAAAUACUCCACCACCACCGCGUCAAGUUGGUCACAGUUUGAACUUUGGGAUAUUACCGAAAGGAGAGCCCACUCCACUAUCUGCCCUCGAAAAACGUAUAAAUACGCCACCACCACCGCGUCAAGUUAGUCACGGUUUAAACUUUGAGAUAUUACCGAAGGGAGAGCCCACUCCACCAUCUGCCCCCGGAAAACGUAUAAAUACACCAUCACCACCGUGUCAAGUUGGUCACGGUUUGAACUUUGGGAUAUUACCGAAGGGAGAACCCACUCCACCAUCUGCCCCUAAAAAACGUAUAAAUACGCCACCACCACCGCAUCAAGUUGGUUACGGUUUGAACUUUGGGAUAUUACUGAAGGGAGAGACCACUCCACCAUCUGCCCUUAGAAAAUGA